AUGUCCAGUCAACGUUCUCAACUGCUUAUCUCAAGUCAAUCAUUAACCACAAUGGAUACAAAUACAAAUGUGACUAACUCACCACUGGCUUCAGUUAAUCCUACAGCAGUACCUUGUGGUCAAUGUCUUAUAACAAGUACACAAAAUAUUUUAAGUGGACAACAAAAUCAAUCAAGCGGACAUAGACCACAAUUAAGUCAUAAUAUAGCAGGUAUGCAAAAAUCAAUGCAUACAGUUGUACACGCAGCUGGUGUACCGGCUGUUAUGGAAACUUAUGUACAUGGUAAUCGUGGACUGGUCGCUCACUAUCCAUUAGGAACAAAUACAUUACAUGAAAUACAAACACUUCCACGAGUUGUCGAACAAGUUAAUGCUACUACUGGUUCUGGUACUGUUCAACAAUCACAAUUUGGAGCUAAUUAUCGUCCUAUAUUGAUUGCAAAUACAUCGAUAAAAGGUCAUAAUGCACCUGGAAGUAAUAGUUUACCAAAUAAUCAAACAUAUCAAAUGAUUGCUUAUCCUCGUCAAGCUUUAAAUAUACUACAAGCACAUGGGAAAAAUUCACAUGCCGUACCAAUUGGUACCAUUAAUACUACAACUAGUGCUACAAACAGUGGCAAUGCUCAUAAUAACUUGAUGUUAGCUAGUGUAAUUACACCGGAAUGCUUAACAACUGAUUCUAGCAAUAAUGCAGCUCGUAUUGCACAACUUCUAGCUCCUUCUGGAACACAUCCUACUGUGGCUAACGCAGCACAUAUUGGUGGUAAUGCUCAAUUUCUUGUCUAUUAUCCUCAACAAUCAAAUACUGGCAUUAAAGUUCAUGCAAUUGGAUCGCCACUGACACUUCCAACGACGGCUACUCCAACAACAACCAUUGUUCAUUCAACACAAGUACCUUCAACAAUUAAUGUUGCCAUUGGUUCAGUUACAAGCGGUAUUUCCACUAGUGGAAUUCAUUAUACAUCUGUUUCUGGUAAUCAUGUAUCAUUAAAUUCAUCAAAGCUAAAUUCAUCAGCAAUUGUACAAAAUGAAGAUUCGACUAGUAUCACUGCUACUACUACUAAUAUUAGCAGUAGUACUAACCAAUCACAACAACCGUAUACAAUUUAUUAUGCUUUACCAACAAAUGAUUUACUACAUCAACUUAAAUUAAAUCAUCAAGCUAUUCAAAUCGAUCCGAAUAUAUCAUCAAGACCACAAAUUAUUCAAACACCAGCUGGUUUAAUGUUUGUUCAAUAUCCUUCACAAUAUCAACAAUGUUCAACAGGUAGCUCAUCACCAAGUAAACUCAAUACUGGACCACAACAACAACAGCAACAUCAACAAAUACAAAAUGAUAAUACAUUACCACGUAAUAUAAUGACAUCAACUAAGCAUAAUAUACAACAAAUAGGUGUAGUUAAUACUGGAGUACCUGUUAAUGUUUCAAUUGCUGGUACUCAUGUUGAUUCAAAUACAUUAACACGUCAUACACGUGUUGAACAUGUACAAGGUUCCGGAUUAAUUUGCACUUGUCCACCUGAAGUUCAUCAAGCUAUAUUUGAACAACAAAAGAAACGUCAACAAAAUCAACCAUCAACAAUAAUACUGACUGGUUUAUCACCGUUGAAUAAAAUCAGUACAAUUGCAACAACCACUGGCACUAUGACUUCAACAAUGGCUAAUAACAAUAAUAGCAAUGUUAAUAGUACAAUAUUUGAAGUUUCAGAAAUGGUACCAGGUAUUGUGACACGUAACUCGCCGAAUGUAACACUUGCCAAAGAAAAUGGUUUAUUAACAAGAAGUUGUACGGACAAAUUCUCUGAAGAUGAAUUAAACAAUCAAAAAAAGAAUCUUCAACAUUGUCAUCUGACUAAUUGUACAUCUGGUACACCAAAUGCAACAACAGAUACAUUGAGAAAAACUAUACAAUCACAAACUGUUGAUCAUAAUAGCACAAUUAAUCAUCAUUUGUCAGAUGAAUUAUCUGAGAAAGAAGCUCAUGUGAAUUAUCUAGUUACUUUAUUUCAAGCAUUAAAAAGUUCUGGUGUACAAGCGGAUGCUUUUAGAGAAGCAUUUGAACGUAUUGAUUUACCAGUAACUAAUUCAAAAUUAUCUCCGAAUACAAUAAAUCUAAGUGAUAAAAAACUAAGUUUAUUAAAGACAAAACUUUAUCAAAUUGAAGAAAUGCGCAAAUCAAUAAAAUCGUUUUAUCAAAUAUUCAAUGAAUUCAAUCGAAAAUUUACAUUGGAUUUGAAUAAUUGUAAUAAAAUUGUCACAGUAAAAUUAUCCAAUCAACAAACAUCAGUCUAUCAUACUAUUCUUGAUCCACAAUUAGAAAUUAUUCAAAAUGAACGAAGAAAUUUAGAUAGAUCAUUACAAGAAAUGUAUAAAAUUAAUACUAUUUUAAGUGAACAAUUACAUGAUCUUGAAUGUGUCAUUGAACAAACUGGUAACGAUGUAUUGCAACAUCGUUGUCGUAUUAAUUUACCAUAUGUACAAACAUUAGAGAAUAGAUUGGAUUCAAUUAAUUCAACUGUUAGUUUGGCAUGUGGUCAUUACCCAGGAAUUCAACAAAUAUUGAAUAGUCGUGAAGAAAUGGAAGUAAAAGCUAUUGAAAUUCAAAAAAGUGUCCUUGAUGAUCAGUUAUAUCAAUUGAAGGAUGUCAAUGAAAAAUGUAAACGUAUUAAAGGCACAAUAUUAACUUUAAAACGGCUUGCAAUUGUAAAUAUACAAAAUCGACAACGCUCGAAUUCCCCCAGACGUUUUACUCAUCUUGGUGGUUUUGUCAAUCGAGCGGCUGCUGAUCGAGGAAGUAUUGAACGCAGUCGGUUAUAUGCUGCUGUACAAAAUAUUCAACCAGAUUCAGAGAAACGACUACAAGCAAUCAGAAAGCAAGAAAUGCUGGCUAUUCAAAAAAGACGAGUUUUCUCAAAUGAUAAUCUUCCCACGAAUAUGAUGGUAUUUACAGCGCUUGAAGGACAAAAAUCUUCACAAAAUAAAAAUAUUAUACCACCAGUUUUAGAAUCAGAUAAAAGUUCAUACCACAAAAAGAAUUUAAAACAUCAUCAAUGA